UGAAAACUCGGUCCAGACCGCGAACGCCCGCAACGCGACGCAGUGCGGCUACUGGUCGAGACGACGAGGCCACGGAAUCUGGCGAAGGAUUUAAAAGCUUGCGGGCGUUUUAAAUUCCCGAUCGGAUUUCACAGGUGCGCACGUGGACGUGUAUUAGCACGCAAUAAAGUGCGCGUCGUGCGACAAGAUUUGCGCCAGGCCAGGUUAUGUUGCGUUAUGUUUAUCGUCCGUGGCCAGUGAAUGUAACGCGCACAACGAUGAAAUAAAUAGACAACACAAUAUGACCUUUGGACAAUUGUGCGCGCCGACUAUUUUCCUCGCUGCGAUGCAGCGGUGCAUCCGCGUGACGUCGCGAUGAUUUGUUUUCCGCGCAACGUGAUGACGACCUGUCGAGAGGUACAAUGAUUUUGGUAACAAUAAUGUUAGAUUGACAGAACGUUUGCAUGUGAGAUUCGUCAUGGCAAGUGCGAAAAACGAGGAAAAAACCGUUCUGGAGGCGGAGACAGUUUUCUUAUUAAUGAAGAAAGGUUUCCCCAUCUCUCGCAAUGUGAGGGCUCAGUGGUUGUUGGAGCAUUUGGACUCUGUGAUAAGCAUACAGUGUCCAAGUGUAAAGAGUAAAGAGGCGCCAGAACUGGAAAUUGUAUCGGUGCUGCCAAAAGAUAAGCCUACAGUUUGGUCUAUAGACACUAGCCAUCAAUUUCUUUAUAAAGUUGUUUCUACAACUUCGAUUAUAUUCCUUGGGCACAAGUACAGGAUGGUCUUUAGUUUAGAUUUAAGCCCGUCUCUUGCCACUGUUGAUAUACAACAUGGGGAAAUUGUUAUCGAUGAGGUAUGCUUGGCAACAAAGCGGUGUCUGGAAGGUAUAACCAGACCAUUCACGAUACCAGGUAGCAAGCGUGUGAUGCAACCUGAGAUUUAUGUGACUGUGAUAGCUCAUACGCCAUUCUAUACAAACCCAGCGCAACAAGUACUGGUGCAAGGCUGGUUGAUCACCGCGGACAAUGUGAACUCUCUAACACAGUAUGUCGAGAAGCAAUUGUACUUGUUGGAGGAGAGAGUGGCGACUGUUACUGCCAUAGCUAAUCAGCAAUUAGAACACUUAAGAGCAGAGAGCGAGCGUUUGGUAGGAGGACUUUUCGAGGAGAGCGGUAACUGCUUAAACAAAAGUAGCAGUAGUUGUACAGCAAAUAUCUCCAUGGUUUCGCCAGAAGCCAGUUUUGUAAAUAUGUUGAGAUAUGGAAUGCUAGCUCUAACACUCUUACCUGAGCAUAGCUGCGCACACAUGGUAAUAGUCUCGGACGGUAUCGUCGGUGUUAAGGAUGUUCAUGCGUUGGACUCCAUUGUGCAACAACUGCGCGCAACUACGGUUGCAUGCAGUUUCUUACACGUGGGCAGCGCAUAUCAUCCGCAUUGCGCGGAUGGUCUAGUACCAUAUCAAGAUCUGCUGUACUUCAUCGCCGCGGCUACGUUGGGUAGUUACAUGUCCUUCAAUUCGUACGUUGUAUCUGCACAGGGAACAGAUAUGAAUCUUUAUCACAGGAACUUUCUGUGCUGGCAAUUGUAUCGAGAUGUGCCCUACGAUAGUACGCCGGAUAAUCAUAACUGUUGGCGUACUGAGAACAAUUGCUUCGACGGUCAUAAGACCGACCAGCUGCUGAGGAAGAAGCAGAUCGACGACAAGGUCACUUGCACUUUGAGCAGCUUGUUAUGUUGCCGCCUGAGAGAAGGAUACCUAAUAAAAAGGGCUAGCAUACGAGACGACGUUCUUGAAAUAAAUUUUGUGCUGUUGUGGAAAAGCAACGUUUCCUUGGAAUAUUUGGUAACGUGCCCAUGGUCUGCGAAAUCACUGUCUCAAUCCAAUGUGAUACAAUAUGUUAUUACCAUAGAAGCGCCGUACGAAUUUUUACAUGACAUCACAUGCCUGUCAAAGAAGCCAUUGAAAUCGAAUUAUCGUCAGGGCGUCGUUUCCUGUUUCUGGGCGGCGUUAACGUCCUUGACCGAAAGCGACAAUACAUUAGCACACUUUAGUUGGUUCCCAGGAUCCGGAUGGACUUGGUAUAGCGUCCCGGACACUAUUAGAAGUGGGAUGCCAGUGUUUUAUUUGUCGUCUUAUCCGUCACUAAGUACAGUGCAACUUAGCGACGCCGCCUGCCCGCAGUUUGGGCAAAUAUGGCAACCAGUCGUCUCUUUGGAUCCGCUUCAGUGGGCACGUUGGAUGCACACGCAGAGAGUCACAUUAAUCUUGUCCUACGACAGACCGUUGCCGAGGCAUCUUCAUCAAGCGAAUCAAAGCGGUCGUUUCCAAUGCGUCCAGAGUCGACAGGCAGCAGCCGUUUUGUACGCUAUGCUGAAAACCUGGGCGACCUUCGUGCUCAUCGAGAAUCACACAUACGUUCAGUUUAUAUAUAGGGAAGCAGAAAAACCACCGGUGUCGUUCUCAUUGAUCCGUAUUAAUUGCAAGGCUCUCUGUGUCGUGCUUAACAUUGCGUUCGCUGGCGGUACCGAAGGUGUCGUCCGUCAUAAUGUAGUGGUGGACCUCGUGGACAGAUUGUCCAAGUUGACGUUGCCGAACAGACCGACGGAGCAACGAGAGACUCCGUGUUGCACGAUAAUACACAAAUCGCUCGAGAGAAUCCUUAUAAGAUACGAGCGUAUACCGAACGAUUUGAGCAUGGUGGUAUUUCCUGACGGCACUCAGCCGACGUGGACCAGGACUGCGUCGGUACUGGGUGGUAGUCUGACCACCACCCUGUCUAGAUACUUGUACCACAAUCGAUGGCUGUGGCAUGUGAAGCGGCCGUUCGUGCAGACCAUUCCGGGGAUCACUUUGCCGAAAUUGAACAUCACCGCUAUCGCGAGAAUACUCUCCACGAUCACAAAAAUACGUUUAACGGAGGGCUUCAAUUUUGCGUAUUCGGCAGCCGGCAUCACGAACAUGGUAUUGGAAGUGCAAAUGCAGGGCUUCGAGAAUAACAAGGAGUCUUAUCCGUGUAUUAUACAGUACAUUCUGUUCCCGCCUCACGCCGUGUCGAGCGCAACGUUGGAACGCGACAGUGGUUCCGAGGAAGACACAGAAGAGGGUACUGCCGACGGGGAAGCGAGUACGCAAGAAGACUGCGAGAGUUCUAGCGAGUAUCAGAUUGUGACAGAAGUCUGGAUUGAACCCCAAUCCGGCUACGUGCAAAUGCCUACGCAACCGACUGCUACAUAUAUGCAUCCUCUGCAGUAUCAUCAGUUGCCAGACGCGAUUGCCCGAGUAGACGAGGAGUGUAUUAACGCUUUGAUGACCUUAGAAUACUUGAGCCUCUUGAGCCAAGUAGUACCGGCCGAAAAGAGCACUGAGAUCGUGUUCGGGCAACCGCAUCAAGGAAUCAGGUAUCACAGCGUCACGGACACUACCGCGGAGCGUGCCUUGAAAUGUCCCAACCCAGCCGAGUUCUUCGAAACGACGCCGAGGAUCCAUCCGAUGUACUUCUCGUUCGACACUCUGAGCAUUUUGCCGAAAUGUCAGCAGGCGGAACUCUUGUUCUCGAUGUUCGCUAAUGAUUCGGUGCAUAUCGACGAGGAUAGAAAUAGCGCGAACAAAAUUCUCAUGGAGAACUUCUUGGAACAUAUCAAGCAGUUGCACAACAAGGAGCUGCUCUUUACGUCAGCAGAAUCGCAGAAGUUCACUAGAAUGCUCCUUAACAGGCCACGCGAAAACGGCCCGUUAUUGCCUUUCUUUGUGCAAGGAGAGAAGAACUAUCAGGAUGCUAUGUCGGAUAUUUAUCCGAGAUGGAAGUGUUUUGUUAAAGGGAUUAGUACGACACACGUCAUUCUCACUAUUUUACCAGCCACCGAAAAGGAUGUCCGUUUGAUAACGUAUCCCACUUACGCGGGCGACAAUUGCACGAGUAAUAAUUCGGAGAAGAAUUUCGAGUCUGACGUUUUCGAUCUCGACAUGAACGAGAAGAUAUUGUCGCCGACUCUAUGCGCCAAGGAUACGAAUAUGUCCGACUUCCCGACGUUAGAGCGCAGAGAAUCAAAAAUCUCUAGUCAAUCUACCACCGCAGAUAGUACAUCGAAGGCUAAUGCGGAACAAAAUUUCGCUCACGCCGACAAUGAGGGCGGCCUCGUUAUACCUGUAUACGUAUACGAUUGUUCAUUGGCGUUGUUAAUUGACACACUAGUCGGCCGGCUGCAAACGCCUCAGAAUAAAGACAUUUACCAAGAUCACACUUUCAAAAUUGGGCAGGAGGUUUGCGAGGAUUUCAUUAAUCUCAAGCCUGAAAGCAACACGAAGCCUUCAUCCCCCGAGCCAAAAAGCGAAGACUCUGACAAUAUUUCCAGCGAUCAACGAAGCUUAAUGGAGCACUGUAAAUUAUUGAGCUUAGCGCAUUGUCAUUGUUACGUGGUCGCGGUUUACAAGUCACUGGCGCUGCAACAGUCCUUGAGCUACGAAGACAUGGAAGCUGCUGUGGGGCAGUGCGAGGAAAACUUAAUUGAGAUUAACAUUACGAAUUACAUACGAUCAGUGUGCAGGCAUUUGAGCACGUUGCCGAAAGGCAGCCUGCUCGAUCAGUUCAAGGUCUCCGCGUGCAACGACGUCAAGCCAUUGCAUAAUUUGAUUAAGGAUAAAUUUAAAAGAAUUAUGGCGGCCGCGUUUAGACCCGUACCUGCUCAUCCAGAAUUUUAUUACUGUUUGCCAUCGUGGGUAUCGGACAAAAUGGAGGUGGUAUCGCAAAGGACAGACAGCGAUGAAUUCACGUUUCACUCUGAAAUAUUGGAUCCAAAUAUAGAUAAUUCUCCUAGUCAAGUAAAUCAAGCCACUAAUAUCACAUGGCCGGCUGUAAAUCUUCACAACAGCGGAAAACUGUCUCAUCGUGAUUCCACGGAAUCGCUCAUAAGCGAUCUUCAAGAGGAAAACACAUGGGACAAGGAACACCCGCUUUUCUUGCAGCUAAGCUGUUCGAUACAUUUUCGUUCCGAGCUCUCUAGUAUACCGGUUAAAGUAGUGCCUACUUGCUUCACUGAGAUCAUCCAGAGGAUAAAUGAUAACAAGAAGAACCUCGCCGAGCAAUGUCUGGACGAUCUGAAAAUUACUCUGGACAUCAUAUGUUUAAACCUUCCAAAAGAAGUGUUAGAGGUGUCGUUAGAACGUUACCCCUCGCUAAGAGCGACGUCUUACUGCAGCGCUUCGCCAUUCGGUAGUGUGCGCACUGAUAGCGGUAGCAGUCCAACUGCGAACGCGAAGACUGAGCCGAUGCAGGAGAGAAUGCCGAAUCUGCCAUUGUAUCAACACACCGCAAUAAUCAGUUUAAAGGAUGAGAUCGAGUGGUUGUUGCGAGAUGAAACUGUGACAGCGCUUUUAGAUGAUCAGAAGCCGAGCUUGGAUACGUUGCGUUUCAUAGCACACCAUGUGUCGGAUUCCACCGGGAGAUCCAGCUGUUCGAUGGAUAAAGUUCCUUUACACUUUGUCUUCUCGUCGGAGAGCAGCACGCCCAAAUUUUUGCACGAGUUAAAAAAGCUUCACAUCGACAAGUACUGCAUCUGUCAUGAGGAAAAAACUGAUUUAUUUUACUUCAUCAAGGAGUCGGCAGCGAAAGAUGAAGCGAAGCCUGAAACGGAAACGGAUGCGUUACACGUGGACGUGGAAGAACCGCAAUUAAAAAAAGACGAAAGUGCUGAAAAUCUUGAGCAAGAGGAAAUAUCAGUUGCUACAAUUCAAAUAAGCGGACAGGACUCUGGAGAUGCGCCAGGUUAUUCCUCCGAAAUUUCAAGUAUAGCUGAAGGGAAACACGGAACGGAUGAUGGAUACGACGGGGAUAGCAGUAAUUCCGAGGAUGACUUCCAAUGGUUGAUAGAACUUGAUAAGCGCAGAGACCGUUUGCCGAAUUUCUGGCUAAUCCUGACCGUCGAGAACAGCGACGUUAACGUUUACUUUCAUUGCAGAUUCUUGGAAUUGUCUUCGCCAGAGGUAGAUUGUUAUUCGCAAAUACAAAAAAUGCUAAUCGUCCAAAUCAAAGCUAUAUGUCGGCGAGUAAAUCAAUACUUACUUUUACAAAGUCUUCACGAUACUCGCAUGUGCGAUCCGCUGUUGGAGCCAGAAUCCAGCGAAGAUCAUACCUGGAGGGGCGAAAUCGGCGGCGAGACCGGUAGUCUCUUUCAAAAUCACGCCUCAGCUUCUCCGGGCAUGUUCAGAUGCCCUGUCAUCUGGGAGGAACCAUUUAGUCUGCAUCCCCGUCUCAAGACUGGACCCGGAAGAUCCGGAUUGUCGAGAGGGAUCACUGCUAUGCACGCGGUGCUGAACAGAUUGUUCGUUAACAAUCGAAACAACAUGUUCGUGUAUCAGGAAAAUAAUAAGAAUGUCUUUUACCUUCGACUUCAUGAGCAAACGAACGACGGGAAAUCUUUGCAGAAUAAACUGUCCGAGAGCGACGAAAAGUUGGUCGUCUCCCGCAGCAAUAGCGUCGCGUCUUUGUCGCGAGCUAAAGGUAUAGGUCUAACGAACGAUCCCGUAAUGUCGGAUGACACCCGACCCAGAGUCCGUUCGUUCGGCGAGAAGGAGUCUGAUAUAUUAAACAAAACCGGCGAUUCGAUCAUCCUGAUGGUGCACGGGAUAUCGGAGGCUGGUCCGGCAGUGAAGCGGGAUUUGGUGCAAGCGUUACAGAAUCGUCUCGACGACGCGGUGUUGGAAGUGCUGUCCGUAAUGUUGGCGCGUAAUCCGAUGUGCAAGCUGACACCGGCAGACGUGCACUUCAUACAGAAACCGUACAAGUUUCCCGAAUCCAUUGUGCAACUGUCCGUGCAGCCAUAUUGUGUGCCUCACAUAGACGCUCUGGGCUAUUACUUGAGACAGAAUAUAUUGCAGUUCCUAUACACGCCGAAAUAUACGGAUCUUGACAUGAAUCAUCAUUUUCAGGAUUACUCGCCACUAGAUGGCUGGAGGAAGAGAGCCGCCGAGUCGGACAUAUUUCUGUACAAUCAAAGCUAUAAUUCGAGCGGCAGCAAAGGCAUAGCUUGCAUCGCGUUGGCUAUUAUUAUUGACAAAGGGGAGCUUACAACGUCUUCGAAUGACGGAUCGAACAAUGAGUUGAGCUUUCCCAAGUUGUCGAGGGUUGAGGAUUUUGAGGAUAUCGUAUCAACCAUCGUUUACAAGAAUAAGGACGGUUCCAAGCCAAAUGCGGAGACAUUCAUCGAAUUCCGAAUCUGGAAGCAGGGUAGAGUCAAUUUGGAUGUGCUACUGCAGAAAUUGUCGUCUGCUGUGCAACAUGGCACUUGGGACUUGAUGAUGGAGUACAAUCUUCUGGCGACGCCUUUGACGGAACCAGAACCCAUCAGUUUUCCAGUGAUCAAAGAAACUACAGCGGAAAAUAAAGAGACGCAGACAUCCGUAAAGCCACAGUCGCCGAAAGCUACUGAUAAUUCGAUAAUAGAUCAGUACGAGCUCGGCGAAGAAGGGAAGUUGAACGAAAUAUACCACACCACUCUGGCGCAAUGGUUUCAGUUCGCCUUGACAAGCACAAUGGGUGUACCUGCUGUCAAAAAACACGAAGUAAUUAUUCAUCACAGGCAUGCGAUCCCCGUGAUAGUGAAGGAGCUGCAGAAUCUCAUACGUUGUCAGGAUCCAGAUACAUCCAGUAGAGCCUUCGUUCUGCAAGAUCGGCAACCCUUCCUGAAUCAAUUCGUUGUUUCUCAUAAAGUAGGAUCCACUCACAAAUGGUCCGAAAAUAUUCGGAAUAAACCAACAGCUAAAGAUAAUACGAAUCGAGAAGGCGCAGAUUCACCCGCGUAUAUACCGCAUGAUUUUAACAAAGACGAACAAACAAGCUGCACUAAAUGUAUCUUGGUAGCAAGAAACUUUUAUCAGUGGAAGGCGUCUUCGAGUAGGAAGAUAGAUCCUGAACUGCUUGCUCCUAAGGAUCAGAAACAAUUGCAAAAAUUUAAUCCACUGAUAUCGGAAUCGAAUUUCGUGCCUAGACAAAGGAUAUUGCUGGCUGAAGUGCAAAGCGACAAUAUAAUAAUAUACUUGUACAAUUGGUCGAAGGAAAAAUCGGAGAAGCUAAUGAAACAAGCGACUAGUUUGGGCACGUGGCUCUCGUCCAGGUCCAGCCUGUUCACCAAUAUAAACAUGCAGAAGCUAGGUAUAUUUCAUCACAAAUUCACGCGAGACCCGCAGCAGAGGGAACACGGCUCCUCUCAAUAUUAUCAGAUCACCGAUAUGGAGAGUCUCGCGAAAUUUCCCAGCCAGUCGAAUGCCGACAGCAAGGAUUGGACGCGAUCGAGUAACCGAGCGCAAGCGAUGAAGAGCAACGCGUUCUCAUGGACCCAAGUUGUCGGGCAAGCGAUGCGUGACGCAAAACCGAGCGCACCGUAUCCGCUGAACACAACAGAUCCGAUCGUAAAAGCUGCUUAUGACUUGCAGGACUUGCGACAUCGCGAGAAGAGAAUCAAAGAAGAUCUGGAGAAAUUGUACGCGAUGUGGCAAAGUCGCACUCCCAACAUACCGCUAUCGUUGAAUGCUUCGAACACGUUCAAACAGUACUCCCGUUUGAUACACUUCUGUCACACGCCCCUCCUCUUCUUGCCGGCCUGGCGUUUGCAAUCGGCCGCCACGAGGGAUCACUCCUUGACACCGCCGUCGUCUCUUUUCAGCCUGAAUAACAAUGCGCAGCAACAGUCGCCGCAAACGACACAGCCGAAGCAGAAGGCGGCCAACACCAUCUUGAUCAAGUGGCACCAGGAGCUCUGCAAAUCGAUGUUGACCGAGUAUAAACAGUAUCUGCAGAUCUUGGGCUUUAAUCCGAUUCAAGUGGAGUCGCCGCAUAAAACAGACGAGGAACACGCACAGCAGCAGUCUUAUUAUCUCAAGAAAUCAAUGCUGGGCGGCGUUUUGCUGUUCGAAAUUCACUUGUCGCAACCGUUCUUCAUCGUCAAGUUGAGUAUCAUCGAGUGCAAUCGCUUGCAGACGAAAACCAGCAGCGGUAUGGUGAAUCAGUUUGUGCUAAGCUUCGUAGACGCUUGCGACAAGAUCAAGAUCAAUAUGCACUUGCACUCGUUCACGUACGACUUCCAUCUGCGUUGUAUUCAUUCUUACAUCGCUGGGACUGGGCCAUGGUCCUUGCAACAGGGUUACCAUCUCACUCGUUUCCUGGACGACUUUAUCAAGUACUACAGUAAGGCGCCAAAUUACGCCAGAAAUUUGAUAUACAGCGACGUGAUAACAGUACACAAUAUAGCGAUACCUGCGCGCACAUUAUACUCGUAUUUACUGUCGCACGACAAACUAUACGGCAUGCGUGUGAUAUCCAGCGAGCUUCAGGAAUCUCACGACAACGAAUACGUCUUAAUCAAACUGCAGAGUACCCCGUUAGUUAGCUAUUGCGACGCUCAGGACACUCGGUAUACCGACGAUUUUGACGUGGCGCUGAUUGUGUCGCGUGUGGAGCAGCCACCGCAGCUGGAAAAGACCGAGAUUACUUUGAAAUAUUAUCUAAUGUUGACGAGCAAGAGGGAAUUGUAUCCGAAGAGGGAGGUGGAGAACAAUAAGCUAGGCAAGUUUCGAACGGUGUACAGCGUGGGGAGAUCCACGACCAGCUCGUACACGGACAGUCCGGUAGAAUCUAGUCCCGUCUCACCGAUACCGCCGUUUGUAAGGGGCAAUUCCAGGACGGAAAUGUGCAUCGAUCAGCAGACAGACAAAACUCUCGAUUUAAACGGUGCGGUUACGAAGGAAACCAGCGAGGCCAAAGACGCCGAGAUUAAAGCGGCGAAUUAUAACGUUUACAACAACUUAGCGCCAACGCCGCCACCGGUCCCGAAUUCCCCUCUCGCACAGAGCUCGAGUAUCCCGAACACGACGUCGAACAUGUCGACAUCGUCGCCGCACUUAGUACAGAUUCGCCAGGAAUCGGUCAAUUACCUGGGCUACUACUCGUCGCACGAGCAGCUUAUGCAACAGCUGAUCAUGUCGCAGGCGCAAGCGGCUCACCAACAUAUAACGAACAUGGUGGAUCGCGGUGCGUUGCAGUGCAGAACACACUUGCUCUGGGACAAGUUGUUGGAGAACAAAUCCACAAUGACAUACACCGAGUUUAAAGAACUCUGCUCAUUGGCCCACAUCGAGUCCCUGCCGAAUUUGGAUCCCAGGCUCCGUCCGCUUGUUAAUCAACCUGUCUCUUGGUAUCAGGCCUUAUCUAAGGUCUUACAAAAUAAAUAUCAGGAGAAUCACAAGCAGUUCAACACUUCCGACGGAAAUAUUACUCAUCAUCUUAUACUGCAUCCGAGUCUUUUUCAAGCGUUUAUGAUGUUGACGAUUGAUUUGCACACGUCGAGAGGGGAUUUAUGUGCAGUUUAUCGAAAAUCCAACGAGAUCAAUGUGCCGGUGAAUAUCGAAGAUGUCUAUACUCUGAUCGAGGGUUUCGUGAACGCUUGCUGCUUCCAUUUGUGGAUGGGCCUCUGCAGCCAGUGAUAACAUUCCGGUUAUACGAUACGCGAUGGCACACUGCUUCUAAAGUUUUUUGACGUACUUAUGGAUAUUUUAAUGCGCAGCGUGUCAUUCACUCGAUUUAGCGAAUUACUUCUUAUAACGCGCGUUACAAUGCACUAGAUGUUAAUAUAUUAUGAAUUAUUACACUUGUACGAAAGACUUUGUAAAUAUGAAAUAUAUAUUUUCCUGUUACAUA